AUGUCUAACGGUCGUCCUUCUUUGAAAUGUGCCAUUUGUGUGAAGCACGGAGAUCCACUAUCGCACACCGCGUAUGGGGCGAAGGGUGAGGGUGCUCGGGAUCUCCAGAUAGGCAGCAUCCACACACACUCCUCGACCCGUGCACACAAGCAGUCGGUGGAGAAUCAAGAGAAAGCGGAGGCGGAGAAGGCCAAGCAGGCCACACUCACUCAGUGGCAGACCACGGAUGCUUCUACCCGACACAUCACCCGUCUCCUCCACAUCGCGCUCUUCGUCUGCAAAGCGGACGCACCCAUCGCGAUGUUCGUCCCGCUGUGCUGGUUUCUGUCGAAGGAGGGGUUACCAGACCUCCCUCCCUUUGGCGGCUACGGCGCGUACUACACCGAGGAGGCACUCGCUGCUAGUGGUUCUGCUGAAGAGGUACCUGAGCUGCAAAUGAUUGACGAUGUCGUGCGCGCCUUCGCUGACCACAUCGGCCGCAGCAGCGAGGACUACCAGAAGUUUCACGAGAUGCAGCGGAUAUACUGCCAGACGAAUCUGGAGGCGCAGAAGAUUAGCGAUACCCGAUGGCUCGCCCGUGGUGAAGCGAUACAGCGCCUGCUCGACGUGCUCCCUGCGGCCAUAGUGGUGCUGAAGGAUUACAAGGCGGAACUGUACGAGGUGGUUACCUCGUUCAAGUUCCACUGGCUCAUCUGCUUUCUUGCGGAUGUGCUUUGGGAACUUAACUACCUCAACCAGCGCUUCCAGCAGCGCCAGGUAAGGGCCUUUCGUGCUGACGUUUAUGUUGUCGCAAGCAAACACGUGCACUACCUGACUCAUUGUAAUGCCUUUGUGAAGGUGGACGUUACCCUUGUUGCGCACAUCGUGCAGCAGACAAGGAUGCGUCUGAAGACGCGGUAUUCCCUCCGCGACCCUGCCCACCAUUUCGGCAGCGGGGACAAAAUGCAGCUGCCAGAUUUCAUUCAGAGGCACCAGGCGAAGGAUAAGCGCGAGAUGAAGGCGGAGGGCGUAGACGCGGAUGGGAAUCCCGUCUCGUUUAAAUUCACGCUGCACGAGCGCCCGCUGCCAGGACAUGAAACGGAUGGCAAUGUCACGGCGUGCAUCGAGCUGUCAAUCAAGUAUGUGCGCGCCAUUGACGGCGAGCUGGAGUGGCGGAUGCGCGACCUGCAGCAACUGGAAGGUACAAAGCUGUUUCGCACAGCAUCGUACGUGUCCGACGACACAAAGCGCGUGGAAACAUUCAAGAGGUGGCUCGGCCAGCUGCACAAGUUGUACAACCACAAGCUGCAUGGUAAGCCUACUGUAGCGAUUUUACAUGUUCUGAUGUGUGUUGUUGCAACGAAUUCUCCUGCGUGGGUGACCCGUGCACGUAUUGCUGACUGCUGCUUGUUGGACUAA